AUGCUUUCCCAGCUGCUUUUGCUAUGUGGCCUUGUAGAUAUAUUUCUGAGCACGUGCACUACAGAUGAGGAUUGCAACCAAUUGGGUAGAUGUCUGUGGGGCAAAUGUGUCUGUUUUGAUGGAGUUUUGGGUGACAAUUGUGAGGGCAAGAACUUGUGUCACGCUGAAUUAAUACAGACGCGUUUCAGUACUCAUCUCGUGUACUGCAGCAUGGGCGGUGAGUGUGUGGAGACGGGCCAUGGCCUGUUUGAAUGCUCUUGUAGAUCUGGAUUUUCGGGCCCGUUCUGUGAGGCCUUCACAUGCAAGUCUGACUCAGUGUGUCACGGCAGAGGCCAGUGUAUUCUUGACGACGAUCACACCUAUCGUGGUCAUUGCAAUUGCUUCCAUGGCUAUAGCGGACGCGAUUGCUACUACGACACGUGCGGGCGUGAAAAUAUAACUAGGAACAAUCCAUACUUGUGCUUUGGUGGAGGAGAAUGUACUGUGCUCCCGGGAACGCCGCCUAGGCUGGGGCAAAUUUUUGGCUGCAGAUGCCGGCCAGGGUUUAGUGGGGAGGCAUGCGACUCCUUUAUAUGUGCUGGUAACAGAGACUGUGCUAAUGGAGGAACAUGUAAUACGGAUACUGGAAUAUGCACAUGCCCGCAUCUUUCUUUCGCGGGAUCAGAUUGUGGAAUAGCUAAUUGUGGAUAUUGGGGAGGAACUGAGGACAGUUUAUGCAGCGGCAAUGGCCAGUGUAUUGGGAUGUUGGGGUAUAGGUGCCUUUGUAAUGAUGGUUACACAGGAGAAGACUGCUCCUCCCCUCUAUGUACCAAUGGCGGUGAGUGUAUGAACAAUGGUACUUGCAUCUCUGAAGGGGAGGAAGCUGGUAUGUGUGCGUGCCCAGGCGCAUAUUCAGGACCGCUUUGUGAGUCCUGCAAUUAUCCAUACAGCGAGCGCCCGGCAGGACCAGGUGACGCAGGUGUCGUCUGUGUUCCCGAUGAGUGUCUCACAGGUGUCUAUGUUUGUAAUGGCGCUGGAGUCUGCGUAGAAAAUGAAUAUGGUGAGUGGGGUUGCUCAUGCAAUAGGAACUCCAUGAACAUAGAUGGAGCCUGUGUACCUAAUGAUGAGACGCAUAAUAAAUGUGUGAUUACAGGCGAUGGACGCAUUAAGACCGUUUGCAACAACAGAGGGGAUUGCCGCUAUGGCGUGGACGGACUCUGGAAGUGCAGGUGCCACUUCGGGUCCAUCCGGGCACAGGACGGGAAUUGCUAUCCACUUGGAUGUGUUCAAAAGGGGGUCGUCUGCAGCGGAAGAGGGGACUGUGUGCUUAACACCGCGUCGGGCAAUUACUCCUGUCAAUGUGGUGGUAGCUACACAGGAAACGGCGCGACCUGUACUCUCAAGUCCGGCCUGGUGGCAACCUCUGUUAUAGUGCCACUACUGAUCAUUGGAGCUGUUGCCGGAUUCCUCUGCUGGUGGUUCCUCUGCCACAAGAAGAAUGGAGGCAAUUGUUUCGGCGGCGGCGGUGGCAGCAAGCCAAAGCGUGGCAAAGCUAUCCGCCUCUCGGAUGGUGACAGCCUCUCUGUUCAGUCUGGAAUCAGUGGGUUCACGAGUCAACUGUAG